AUGGCGGGGCAUGUGCUACAGACUCACAUGAUGGAGAUGCUGGCGCGGGACCCGGUUCUAGUUCGGGGUCAGCCUGCCCCCAGGGACAAGCCGCGGCCUGAGGUGGUCGAAGAACCACCGGAGGAACAGGGUAUCCUCCUCCCGGAACCUCCCACUUCACCGCCUCUGGAGGAGCAGGGGGAGCUCCCCCGAGACACGCCGGACUCGCCGCCCCUCGAGGAACAGGGUGCCCUCCUCCCUGAGCCUUCCAGCUCACCAACCCUCGCGGAACAGGGGCGAUCUCCCCCGAGAUACGCCACAAUCACCGCCUCUGAAGAGCAGGGGGAGAUCCCCCGGGACACGCCGGACUUACCGCCUUUGGAGGAGCAGAGCUGCCUCCCUCUGUCUUCUCCGGUAGCCCCACAGCAACUAGAGCUGCACUCGCCGUCCCGGCCGACCGACGUCGAGAGUCCUGCGAACACCUCAUGGGAUCCGUGUUUACCCGCACACUCCCAGUCUCCGGCGAGUCCGGAGUAUAUGGACGAGUUUGCCGACAGCCCGGGCGAGGUAUUCGAGGGGUCCGACGAUAGCGACCACAGGGCCAAUACGGACAGCGGCAACAGCACAGAGAACGAGACAGGGGACGACACCGAGCCGCAGAGCGAGCCACUCCUCACGGAGACUCCGUCGACGAGGAGCACCCGAUCGACCGAUCGGCAGGAUCUGAACGCCAUGUGCAGGGAGCUCUGCGAGCUCAGAUGCCAUCUCCCUGUCCAGUUGACCAGAACUGCUGCCCCUCACAGCCAGCUUCGCCCGGUUAGCACAGCGGCCCUCCACCAGUAG